AUCUUUCUCAGUCUCAGAGGCACUUUAAAUGCACAAGCUGAAGUGAGACAGAGGCAAGGCUAACACCAUUUAAUACCCCACUAAAUUUAAUAGGUGAGGUGAGACUUGAGAGAUGAGGUGAAGUGAGGUUAAUUUCUUUUGUACGAGUGUUUUAACUUCCACGGCUUUGGCUUUGGCUUUGACCACUUGGCAAGCUCUGCAGUUUGCAGGCUGGCAAAGGAGACAAGCUCCAUCACCAAACAUUUGGGAAUUCAAGGAAAGUAUAAAUAUAAUAUAAGAAAAUAAAUUAAAGUAAAAAAAAAAAAAAAAAAAAGACACUCCUAGAAAGAAAAAGAUAAAUAUAUUAUUUUUGGUGUUGUUAAAGUAAAAUAAAUAAAGGGUAGAAAGGACUGUGCCUAUUUAAGUAGUUGGAAGUAAAUGGUGGGGUUAAUGUAGAGACAGAGUGCAAGAGAGGAGUUAGCUAAGGUUUCUUUGUGAGUUUUGAACCUUUAAGGGAUACUGUUGUGAACAACAGCCUUUGUCUUCUUUCUUUCUUUUCUUUAAAGUUUAAAUCUUUAGCAAGUAUGAGCUACUUGGGUGUUGGAGUUAGUCCAGGGAACGUCCCAGUUUAUCAUAGUACAGACUCAAGAGUUAUAGAUCGAAGAGUAAGAAUAACAGAGUUGGUGUUGAGAUGUGUCAUAUGUGCCCUAGGACUAGUUGCUUGUGUUCUUAUAGCAACUGAUACCCAAGUCAAAGAAAUCUUCUCAAUCCAGAAGAAAGCUAAAUAUACAGACAUGAAAGCUCUUGUAUUUGUGGUCAUCGUCAAUGCUAUAGUUUCUGCCUACUCGUUGAUACAAGCUUUGCGCUGUGUUGUGAGCAUGGUUAAAGGAAAUGUUCUGUUCAGCAAACCUUUAGCUUGGGUCAUUUUCUCUGGUGAUCAGGUGAUGGCUUAUGUGACAAUGGCUGCAGUGGCAGCGGCCGCACAGUCAGCGAUGUUCGCCAAGCUGGGGCAGCCAGAGUUGCAGUGGAUGAAGAUAUGCAACAUGUAUGGGAAAUUCUGCAACCAAGUGGGAGAAGGAAUUGCCAGUGCUGUUGUGGUCAGCUUGAGUACUGUGGUGAUCUCUUGCAUCUCUGCUUUUAAUCUGUUCCGUUUGUAUGGGGGUAACAAGUCAAAGAGUAGUGCAAGGUGGUGAUAAUAAGGUUAUAGUCUUAUAGAGAUUAUAUAUUACUUCUUUACAUAUGAUGUCAUGCACUCUUGGUUAUGUGUUUAGUCUUGUUACUGUAAUACGAUGAUAAAGAAGAAUAUGAAGUCAUGAUUGUAAGUAACAGUAAGAAUUGGUUUUGUUGUGACUAUUUCGACUCACUAUUUAAAUAUAAUAAAAUAGGUUUUAGGUUGUUGAUGUCAUGUAAGUCAAGUCAAGAGAGUUCUUUGUGUGUGUUUUUUUCUUUUAGCAUUUAUGAUGAUGCUUGUCCUCAUUGAAAAGUCCCAAAUUUCACUUGGAAAGUUUACUUGUGUUUGUAACUUAUUAAUGACAAUGAGAAGCUAAAGAAGAACUACUCAA